AUGUUUCAGUUCCAGCUCAAGGCUGAGUUCCUCGGCUCCUCUUAUUCUGAAGCACUGCUGGGGGCAGGGCAGGAUGGUGCCCACACGCUGCCCAGCAGGGGGAGCUCUGUUGGCCGGGCUCGGAACUGGACCUGGAGUGGCAGCCGCACUCCCCACCUGAGGACCCCAGGAUCAUGUCCGAGGCCCCCUGGCGGGAGUGAGGGAGGGCCUGAUCCUGAGAGGCCCAUGAGCCGGUAUCCCUUACAGGGGCCUCCCAAGCCCGCGCUCUGGGCGCUCCUGCUGGUGGUGUUGGGGGCCGCUCCGGGCCGGGCCGGGAUCGGCGCCUGCAGCGUCCCCGACGUGCUUCACCACUACCGCGCGGUCAUCUUCGAGGACCUGCAGGCCGCGGUGAGGUGGACCAGGCCAAGGGUCGAAGGGGCUGGACCGGGCUCCAGACACCUCCAUUUCAUUCAGAAAAACCUGACUGGAGACGCGGUCUCCCGACGGCGGGGCCGGGUGGGAGUCUCAUGUGGCGCCCAGAAGGAGCACAGUAUCCUACUGUCCAUCGUGGCCCUGGGUCGGACCCUACGUGGGGCGGUGGCUGGGGGCCGCCGCGGGGCUCUGGAGAAGGCGGCGUGGACUGUGGCGGUGCGCACUGAGGCGGUGAUGCGACGCCACUGCCGGAAGCUGCGCCAGCGGAGCUGGCGGCCGGAGACGCGCCCUUCUCGGCGUCCAGGCGGUCGGAGGAGGCUCCUGCUGCGCGCCCUGGACGCCGUCGCCACCUGCUGGGAGAAGCUGUUCGCGCUGCGCGCCGCAGCCACCGACGGCUCCUGGGGCUCCUAGCACCCCGAGCGUGCGGGGCUGGGAAAGAGCCCCUCCUUUACCGCGGCCUGCACUCUUCCCAGGGCCUGGGAUUGGAGGCAGUGCCCGCCUGGCGAGCUGGUCCUGGAAGGGGCCCGCCCUCUGCUCCGAGCGAGGCCCCAAUAAACUGAGCUGGUGCUGCGGCCCGGUUCUACCUCUCUUCACCUGCCAACAGUGGGGCCCGGCCGCCCCGUCCGCGUCUUGGUGGGGAGGGGACGCUGAGACC